CCCUAUACGCGAAAACGCAAGCGCUUUACCAACAGCCUAUCUCCUAGGCGCAGUGUGGCCACGGAGUCUGUUAGCCGGCGCAGCUCGCAAUUUCCUGAUCCCGAAUCUGGAAUCACGGCGCGGCGCUUGUCUUCAAGUGGCUCCUACGGAGAUGAUGCAAUCCCCAAUGUGCAUAACCAGCCCGAGCCGGUGCCCUUGCAAUUGCCAUUGCCAUUGCCAUUGCCGGCUUCCGUAAGUAAUGGUGAGCCUUUUAUCAAGGAAGAAAGCUACCGCGGGCGCAGCGAGUACUUGGGCGGCAGCGUUCCGUUUGAUGAAAAUAUGGUGAAGCCCGGGCAUGAGACGACCUACACCAGCCCCCAGGCAUCGGCUGCCGACCUGCGGAUGUUGCGCGAACAGGGCGCGUUUGAACUCCCCCCUGUCGCUGUCCAAAGACAGCUGAUGGACAGUUUCAACAAGUACUGUGUUCCUUGGACACCCGUCAUCGACCCCAAAUGGCUCGAUGAAACUGCCCCGCCAUCUAUGCUCCUGCUGCAGUCAAUUUUCCUGGCUGGUAGCAGGGUAUCCAAGGCUCAUUUGGAUUAUGGGUCUAGCGAGGUCUUCUACCGACGUGCGAAGCUCUUAUUCUUCUUCGGCGGUGGCAAUGACGCACUGAUCUCGAUCGUGGCUGCCUGUCUACUACAUUGGUAUAAUCCGGUAGGCCCAGAAGACGUAUCAACGGACACGAGCGGCUUUUGGAUCCGAACCGCGGGGGCGAUGGCCUUUCAAAUUGGUCUUCACAAAGAGCCGCCGCCAAAUGCGAGAUACCGAGGUCUUCGUCGACGUCUAUGGUGGUCUUUAGUGAUUCGAGACAAUGUCAUAUCGGUGGGAGUCGGGCGACCGAGAACAAUCAACCUUAGGGACAGCGAUGUACUUCCGCCCUCGAUGAACGAUUUCCCCGUGAAAGACUUUCAAGCACAGGUCUUUUUGGCAUAUUGCACGAUAUCUUGCCACCUAGGAGAUACCGUCGAGUACUAUCUACGAAAGGAGAUAUCCCGAAAACGUCGUGUUGAUUUGGAAAAUGCCGUGUACCGAUGGGCAAAACAAGUCUUUCCGAAACUGCGCACAUCCGCUACACUCCAGGAAGAUAGCACAACCUCUAACCUAGAGGUCCAGCAACUAUUGGUCAUGUAUUUUGUCGUAUUGACAAUACUUCAUCGUUCGCCUACGCCAGACAGUGUUCCCCCUGCAGGAGCUCUGGUGGCGUCCUCUUUUAUCGCGGGCAUUUAUGAAGAAUUCCUUCUCCGGGACGAACUUCGCUACCUAGGGCCUGUCUUUGCCUUCUAUCCAUUAUGUGCCGGGUUAUCUCUGCUUUCCAGCUGCCGGUAUCCACAGCUCCAAAGCACAGCCGAGCACGAGCUGACGGUGAUCAAACUCUCCCUUCAGAAGCUAUCGGAACGGUGGCUUUCGGCAGUUGGGCCUCUGCGGGCUCUCAGCAAAUUAACCGAAAAAGUCCGAGACCAAGGGCCCUUUGAGGGCCCACCUCCAACUCUCGACUUCGACACCGCUUCUUUUUUCGAAAGCUUCGACGUGAAACUGUGCAAGCAGUGGCGCCUGAUUGGGCAAGCUGCCGAGCCUGCAAGCUCUAACCAAGGCACCGCGGCUACCUGUACGAUGGCCGAUGUGCAAGACGCCGAUUCUCUGCCAGCCUUUGAAACUCGGCCGGAUGAGCCGGUCGACCCUUUCGGUUUCCAGCCUCUUGACACUAAUUUGGAGCCAUUUGGCAACAGUUGGGAGGGCUCAGGUUUUGACUGGAGUGGCUCAUGGCUUCUCAACAUCUGA